AUGGUGGAUGGCCGCGGGCGCGGCGCGUGGGGGACCAUCGCGGAGCUCGAGAGCCCCGAGGGCGGGCCACGCGCGCCCCUUCGCCCGCCCGCCACGAAACCCGGCCUCUUCGGAGCGGCGUCCUCGAGUGGGCUGGGGGAAUUGCCCUCCCCGGAGGCGAUCAUCGCUCGCGCGCAGGCGUUGUCAAGGACGGGUUCGCGCGGAAACGAUCCCCCAUCCCUGUUUCAAUCGAACCCGACCGGUGAAUCCGACCGCGACGGGGGUUCGCCACGUUCGAUGGGUGGAAUUCUCAACUUUCCCACCCGUUGCCGCUUUCUGCCCGGCGGCCAUCACUUCGUUCACUCCCAGCCACCACGACUCUCCACGUAUCAGGAAGAGGACUGGUUAUCGUAUGGUCAAACGCGCCAUUCCAACGCGGCGUCCACGACGGGGCUCGCGCUGCGGUUUUCUUCCGUUCUCUCGCACCGCCCGCUUUAUCAGGCGUCUUGGUCGCCAGACCGCUACGACUCGGCGGAGAUCACCGUGGUCGCCCUGAUGGCUUUCCAGGAUACGCUUCUGGUUGAAAUGUCGAGCGGGGAGACCUUGUGGAUGCCUGUUUUACAACCCUAA